UACGUGUCAGGAUAUGAUUGGUUUUGCGCAUGUGUUCGAACCCCUAACGAAGUUCUAUUGAGCAAUAUAUAACGCCAAAUUUGUAUCACCUCAAUUGCGAUCGAUCUGAAUUUACGAAGACUUUAGAGAGACAAAAUCAAGUUCAAUUCAAGAAAUGGCAACGGGUGGAGCGGCUCCUCAGAGGGGAAGUGCAGCAGCUGCAGCAGCGAACCUCCGUAGGAGGAGAAGUGGAGGCGGCGCAGGAGGGGCUGCCGGUGGAGCAAGUGGAACAAUGCUCCAAUUCUACACAGAUGAUGCUCCUGGGCUCAAGAUUUCCCCAAAUGUUGUGCUUGUUAUGAGCAUCGGUUUCAUAGCUUUUGUCGCAGUCCUUCAUGUCAUGGGCAAACUCUACUUUGCUCGCAAAGACUAGAAUUCACUGAUUCUACCUCAAUUUUCUAGGAGAGAGACUCAUUUUAUGUAUUCUGUUUUUCGGGAUAAUUUUGCUUUAACCAUUCAACUCACUUUUUUAUAGUA